GACCGAUCUUUCCACCGUGGAAUCGUGGUUGCCUCGCCGUACAGUCUCUUCCAAUUGUGAAACCUCUGCUGCUUAUGCCUCCGCUCCUGGCCGAGUACAUAAUGGUUUGUUGAUAUUGUAGAUAGCUAGUGGAAUAUGAGCAGACACUGUAGGGGCAAAAGGGUUCUUGGCUUCGGCGUUAUCUGGUGGUCAAUCGCCACAAUUCUCACUCCUGUAGCUGCUAAACUCGGCCUUCCAUACUUGCUUGUUGUUCGUGCUUUCAUGGGAGUUGGAGAGGGUGUUGCAAUGCCUGCUAUGAACAAUAUAUUGUCGAAGAGGGUGCAUGUGCAAGAGAGAAGCAGAUCACUCACGCUUGUUUACAACGGAAUGUACCUUGGAUCUGUCACCGGUUUAACAAUCUUCUCUACCGGUUAAUUAAUUUGGUUUAUGUAAACCGUUUUCUUUUGUUGGUUUGGAUACAGAGCUGUUGAGUAUCUCCACGAGAGUUGUCGUCCUCCGGUUAUCCAUAGAGAUAUUAAGUAGUCAAAUAUUCUAUUUGAUUCUUCCUUCAACGCCAAGGUAAAUAACUUGAAUCAUUGUUGAUGAUUCUGUUGUGAAUUUGUUUCCUACACUAAAACAGAAACUGUUUU